GUCAACUUCGUACAUUAUCUAGCAUUUGGGUCACCCGGAAGAAAUAUGACACCCGGAAGCCUUAAUACAACCGAAUCUUCGUUAAAUCAAAAUAAAGACCUCCAUAUUUUGUCGAACUGUUUAACUGAUAGACGUUUUACGGAGUAGUUCAGGACAGGUUUCCGACACAGCGCGCUUGCUACAUGCGCAAGAUUUCUGUCUACCAUUCAUUUCAAGCACUCCAGUCUACCAGUGUCCAUUAUUGAAACGUGCUAGUAGAUUGGGUGCCGUUUAUCGGGUGAAUUUUCUUACCUACCAUUGAAAUUGUGGGAUUAUGGAUAUGAAGUCUUUAUAUUCUUAAGUUCUGAUAUAUAGCAUUCGCAUAGGCUUCGAUGCAUCUUCAAGAACAGACCGCCAAAUCAUGCCAUGAGACUAGAAAGGAACCUAUAUGGAACAUCUGAACAUAGGCUAUGCUUUAGGUAUAACCUAAGGAAAACUUAAAAGGGAAGUGAAGUGAUACCGUUGGAUGUUAAACUUGGAUUGCUGUGAAACGAAUUUUAUGUGGUAAACAAAAAUAAAGAAGUGAAAUGAGACGAAAGCCGCAGCUAUGUUAAUUUUUAAACUUUGUGCUUGUGAUUAAAUCUGACAGAAAAGAUUGUUUGAAUUUCAUACAGUGAGAGUGAAAGGACUGGUGACCGGAGCAUUGCCACUAACAGUUGGGACAGAUUCUUGGAAAGGUCUAACUUGCUGCCAUUGGCUCGUAGUGUUUUAUAUGAGGGACGUUGUGGCUGGAACGACAUCGCGAACAAUCCCCGUGUGAGGGUUUUGACCUUUUGUGCUGUGCCACCCCCGUGGGUGACAUUACUGCUUCGUCACCAUGGUAAAAGUUCUUCAGGUUUCAGUGUACUUGGCGCAACUGCUGGUGCUGUGUGCUUGCGCAUGCAUCCCCCCCGCGGCGCUGCCCCACGGCAAGGUCUCCCUGGAACGAGGAGGAAUCAUCGUCGCUUACAGCUGCAAUCCCGGGCACACCCUGGAAGGCACGGCAAUCGCUGUCUGCAUCGGUGGGAGAUGGUCCACUGCAAGCCCCAAAUGUGUUGCUGAUGUGGUGGAAGACGACGUCGUACCUGACGAGGAGGUCAGUGGUAGUCGGAGAAGGAAAGCCUCCCGUCGCUCCAAGAAGAGAAAUAGGAAGAAUAAGCAGCGAAGGCCUCCAUCCCGAAGGGGUGAGUCAGAGGGAGGGGACGACCCCCCCACAGGGGAACAGGAACAACAAGACCAGCAUAUCAUCAGCGCUUAUAACAUUGUCGAGUCUUCCUCCACAAUCAAGGACAACCUCAAGGAGGGAAAAACCAAGGGCGUGAUCAAGAAGACCAGCUGGGAGAGUAGCGUCGAUUCCGUGACGGAGGAUGUAGAAACAACGACAAAGGAGGAAGUGAGAAAAGCCGCUGAGGAGGAGAAGGAGGAGGAGACAGAGGAAGACGAACAACUGAAGAAGAAGAGAGAGAGAAGGAGACGUCGGAAAGACAGGAGAGGGAAAAAAAGAGGGAGGAAGGGAAGGCGAGGCGAAAGGAAAAGGGACAAGAAAGGCAGAAGAGAGAGGAGAAAGAAGACACAGGAACAGAAUAGGGAAGCAGGCGCAGAGGUUGACAAUCCUGCAAAUGAAGUGAGUCCUAGGAAAGGAGCCUCAGAGCCCAUAGUCACUUCCCAGUCCCCUGACGUAGACCAAACCGUCACCCCUACUGAGGAGCGGAAACACAAGAAAGAUAAGAGCGGAAGGAAAGGACAUAGAAACAAGAAUAGGAGAAACAGAAAUGGUCAGAAGGAAAGAAGAGGGAAAAAGGGAAAAAAAGAAGCACUCGACAUCAUGUCGGAUGGCGACAGCUCUGACAAGGAAGCCCAGAAUGAUGAAGAGAAUGAAGACAAUCAGAUUGCGAAUGAAGUCCUUCCAAGCCUGCACCAGAGUGAGGGGACGGAGAGCCGGAAAAGCCGCGUGAGGAACGGUCGUAAACGUAAAUCUAAGAACAGAACCAUCAGCUCGAACGAGGUUGAACUUCCUGAAGGUGCCUCCGACCCAUCACCUGUUUCCUCCACUACCACUACUACCACGACGACGACGACAACGACAACAACGACUACUCCAAGCCCUGCUACGACUACCACUACUGCUGCUGAUACUACCGAAACUGUAUAUGUCUCAACGGGUUACCCACAAGAUUCAUCUUAUAGCGGAGUGGAACCGCAAUAUACCAUUGAAGGUCGCGAAGACGAAAGAACAAUUGUUGACUUCGUACCAGAAUCUCCCUCCUCUGCUUUUGGCGAGGAACUUUCCAAGAAUACCAUACAGGAGGAAUCGAAAAUACUCCAUGACAAAGAGAAGGCCGAAGGGGAAAAAGAAUCUGGCGACAGAAAGAAGAAAAACAAGAAAAAGAACAGGAAAAAGAAGAAGGAAGAGAGAAAGGAGACUCCUGUGGCCGUUGAAAACACAGAAAUAGACUGGAUUGACACCUACAAUGAGUUGCCAGAGGGGUAUCCGUUAUUUUCCGGAGAGGAAACGGAACCAAAGGUUGAAAAAGAGGAAGAGGGAGCUUUGCCCGAAGGCCUUCCUGAUGGUUACCCCAUUAACAGGUUUUCGGAUGAAGUUUCGGACAACGGCAAAAGCAGGUUUAUAGAGACAGAAGAUAUUGACUUUGCCACCCUAGACACAAGUUGCAUCAUUUCAGAGAUUGACUCCAUUUACCUUCCCCCGCCCAGAGUCAAGAACGCACAUGUAACUGCUUAUUACACUGUAACCAAUCCAUCUUCUCCUAAUAAUGUGUACGUGGAGGCUGUGUACGAGUGUAAAUUUGGCUACAGAAUGGGAGACACAGCAAACAACAGAGUGUUUUGUAAAGGAGAUAAGUGGCUGGGAUUCCUCCCUUCCUGUGUUCAUUACGCCCACCAGUCAAAUGGCGAAGCUUGUGGCCAAGACAACGGAGGCUGUGAACAGAUAUGUGAGUCGUCAUCAGGUAGCACCCACUGCCUAUGCUAUAAAGGAUUCAGACUGCGGGAGGAUCAGUCCUCGUGUGAAGAUGUGAACGAGUGUGAAAUUGAAAAUGGUGGUUGUGAAGGUGCUUGCUUCAACAAAGUAGGAACUCACCAGUGCUAUUGCCCCAAAGGGUAUAGACUUGCCACCAAUGGUAAAACCUGUAUUGACAAGAAUGAGUGUCGCCUGAGAAAUGGCCAUGGACCUUGUCAGGAUACGUGUACCAACACAGAGGGUGGCUAUAUUUGUUCUUGUGAUAGUAUACCAGGAACACAUUUAGGUGCUGACAACCACACUUGCGAAGAUGUAGAUGAGUGUGCAAUCAAUAAUGGAGGUUGUUCCCAUAUAUGUCUCAACACCUUUGGACAGAUCUUUUGCACCUGUCCUGAGGGAUUUAUCAUGGCCAUGGAUUGGAAGACAUGUGAGGAUGUCAAUGAAUGUGAACAUGAAGAAAUUGCCAGUAAGUGUGAACAUGGAUGCAUUAACACUCCUGGAAGCUAUCAUUGUGCUGAGGCUGAUGAGUUUGUUUUGGCCCUAGAAUGCCCUCCUGGCCUCAGUCCUACAGAAGAUAAUCAAAGUUGUCAGGAUGUUGAUGAAUGCAAAAAUGACAACCAUGGGUGCUCAGAUAUAUGUGUGAACACUCAUGGUGAUGCUCACUGUUCUUGCCCAGUUGGGUACUCCCUUGGCUUUGACAACAAAACAUGCCAUGAUAUUGAUGAAUGCAGUACUGGUGAUAAUGGAUGCUCACACGGGUGUGAAAAUAGUGAGGGUUCAUAUUCUUGUACCUGCCCUGAAAGUUUCACACUUUCUCCAUCUUUGAAAGACUGUUUGGACAUCAAUGAAUGUGCCACAGAAUCGGGAGGUUGCCAGCAGGUCUGUCAAAACACAGAGGGUUCAUUUUUCUGUGAUUGUGAAGAUGGGUAUAAGCUUGACUCAGAUGGUCAUUCAUGCAUAGAUACUAAUGAAUGUGAAGAAGGAAAUGGAGGUUGUGAUCAGAUCUGUAUAAAUGAGCCAGGCUCCUUUAUGUGUUCAUGUAAUGUUGGUUUUGAGCUUGAGGAUGAUUUCCAUUGCACUGACAUAAACGAGUGCCUGUUACAAUUGUCUGAUUGCCAGCAUGAUUGUAAGAACCUUCCUGGUUCAUACAGCUGUGUGUGUCAUGAUGGGUUUAAAUUAGAUAGUGAUGGUCAAACUUGUCUUGAUAUAGAUGAGUGUGGUGUUGAUAAUGGUUGCUCACAUUUUUGUACCAACCAAAAUGGUUCCUAUGCUUGUCAUUGUCCACCGGGAUGGACAUUAAACACUGAUGGUCAUAUGUGCAAUGACAUUGAUGAAUGUUUGGUAGAGAAUGGAGGUUGUACACAUGUUUGUCAUAAUUUUGAUGGUGGAUACAAAUGUACCUGUCCUGAUGGAUUAGAACUGAUACAAGAAGGAACGGCGUAUGAAAAAUUACAUGUAUGUGUUGAUAUUGAUGAAUGUCUAGACAAUAAUGGUAAUUGUAGCCAUGAGUGUUUUAAUAUUGAAGGUGAUUUUGAAUGUAGAUGUCCAAAAGGAUUUACUUUUGAGGAAGGCAAAGAGGCAUCACUACAUCUGAAUCAUUGUAUUGAUGUCAAUGAAUGCUUACAAAACAAUGGUGGGUGUAGUCAUACGUGUGUAGACACCGAAGGAAGUUUUAGAUGUGAGUGCCCCAAAGGUAUGAUGCUCUCAGAGGUAUCCAAUAAUUCAACAUUCGAAUGUGAGGAUGUAGAUGAAUGCCUAAAAGAUAAUGGUGGUUGUAGUCAUAUGUGCGUAAACUUAGAAGGUACUUAUGAAUGUGAAUGCCCUGAUGGAUGGGAACUGCAAAUCCCUGAUGAUUACUACGACUACUAUAAUGAAGAAGAUGCUACUGUGUUUGAAUUAUUUAAUGACGUAAUUUGGAAGAAAUGUGUCGAUAUUGAUGAAUGUGGUGCAGAUAAUGGUGGGUGCAGCCAUAUAUGUCAUAAUGAUAAUGGAAGCUACAAAUGUUCCUGUCCAUCAGGAUUAUGGCUUAGGAAGGAUAAUCUAACUUGUUGGGAUAUCAAUGAAUGUGAUGUUGAGAAAGGAGGGUGCUCUCAUGAAUGUUCGAAUACUGAAGGAUCUUUCAUUUGCCUUUGCCCAGAAGGCUUUACUCUAGUUGAUGUUACUAGAUGUUUGGAUAUUGACGAAUGCUUAAAAGAUAACGGAAGAUGUACACACAAAUGCAUAAAUCAGAUUGGAACUUUCCAUUGUGCUUGUCCAGAAGGUUUAGUGCUUGAAAAUGACAAUUUAACCUGCAGUGAUGUAAAUGAGUGUGGUGAUGAUAAUGGUGGCUGCACUCACGAAUGCAACAACCUCCAUGGGCGUUACACAUGUAGUUGCCCUCCUGGCUUUGUUCUUGCUGAAGAUGAACAUACAUGUGAAGAUGUUAACGAGUGCCUCGAUAAUAAUGGCAACUGUUCUCACCACUGUACCAAUAAAAAGGGUUUUUUCAAAUGCAAAUGUCCAACUGGGCUCAUUUUAGGAGUAGAUGGACGUACAUGCCUUGAUGUAGAUGAAUGUGGAAUGAAUAAUGGAGGGUGCUCUCAUCAGUGCUCUAAUCGGGAAGGACAUUACACUUGCCUAUGUCCUAGUGGAUAUAUAUUAGCAGCUGAUAAUCACACUUGUGAAGAUGUAAAUGAAUGUGCUCAUGAAAAUGGGGGCUGUAGUUAUAAAUGUGUGAAUACCGAAGGUGGAUAUGAAUGUCACUGUGCACUAGGAAUGAUACUUGGCAAAGAUAACCAAACUUGUAAAGAUGUUGAUGAAUGUGCCAAGAACAAUGGAGGCUGCAGUGGAGAGUGCCAUAAUAUGCAGGGAUCAUUCAGGUGUGAAUGCCCCAUUGGAUACCGUCUUGGUAGUGAUGGCAUAACUUGUGAAGAUAUAGAUGAAUGUAUGUUAGCCAAUGCUGGGUGUUCUCAUUCCUGUACCAACACAGAAGGGUCUUUUAUAUGUAUGUGCCCUACUGGAUAUAAAUUAGCUGAAGACCUUUACCGUUGUUUGGAUAUUGACGAAUGUGAAAAAUCUCCAUGUGAACACGAAUGCGUCAACACUCUUGGGUCCUUUUAUUGUAGUUGCAGAUCUGGCUACAAACCUAGACCAGAUGCAGCCCACAGUUGUUGGGAUGUGAAUGAAUGUGAUGAAGGCAAUGCAGGUUGUGCUCAAGACUGUUUCAACACUGUUGGUUCUUAUCACUGUGGAUGUUCAAGAAACUUCAUACUUGGAGAAGAUAGUCACUCUUGUGAAGCAAAGCCAGUAUUUUGCCCUGUUAUUGUGGCCCCACUAAAUGGAGACAUGGUAUGUACACAUGAUUUGGAAGGAGGAGCUUAUCCUAUGGGUACGACUUGUAUGUUCUCUUGCGCAAAAGGAGCAGCAUUACAUGGCAGCAUGAAUACCACUUGUCUCGCUACUGGUUCUUGGUCCAAAAGUCCUGCUACUUGCCAAGCUGUAAAAUGUUCUGUGUUGGCUGAAGUGAAUCGUGGCCGUGUUUCUCCAUCGCGAUGUGUACGUCGUACAUCAAAUGUUGGACAGCAUUGCUACCUCUCCUGCUCUCCAGGUUACCGUGUUGUUGGCAAUCCUGUUAGAACAUGCCAGUCUACGGGAUUAUGGUCUCCAGAAGUUCCCAGUCCUUAUUGUGAGAAAGAUGUUUACCACAUACCUGCUUCAAAACUGCCAAGGUUUUAUGGAUUCGAUUGGUUGUUCCGUGACAGGAAGGACACUCUCAAGCCAUUCAUCCAGUGUCCUAGUGAUGUCACAGUGGAGUUAGCACCCCACCAGAGUACGUCAUAUGUUCGUUUACCACAACCAAAAGCCAAUGUUGAUUGGUACAGAUAUGUCUCGAGGGGACCACUGAGGAGAAAACUAGCUGUGGAUGCUGAAGACCAAAGGUAUGUAGAAGCUAAUCCUGGUUGGGCCAAACAGCUUGAGGCAGACCUACCAUCUGGAAAGACAACGGUUACUUUUGUUGCUCGUUCACCUGUCUCGGAAGAAUCUGCAUCGUGCUCCUUUAUAGUAGAAGUUGUUGAUAAAGAAGAUCCACAAGUAUUUGGAUGCCCAAAGUCUUUUACUGUGCAUCUGGCAGAUGGAGAAACAAGUACAGAGGUGACAUGGAAAGAACCAAUAUUCAAAGAUAAUGUAGAAAUUGCUCACCUAUGGAAGUCAAUGGAGCCUGGACAAAGACUUACCAUAGGAACUUACCCAGUGCAUUAUGUAGCCAUGGAUCCAUAUAGAAAUCGAGCUAAAUGCUCAUUCACUAUUAGCGUCACAUCCAGGAACUCCCCAUCUGUACUCCCACCAUUCCAGUCAGACCAGGUAUUAGCUGUAUGCCCGGGUUUGAAUGGAGGGAAGCCCAUCCCGAUGUAUGCUUGGCGUGUUCCCCAGGGAUGUACCGUAGUGCACACCAAUACCAAUGCGUACCAUGCCCAGUGGGGUCAUACUCUCACAAAUACUCAAGUGAGCAGUGCCAACAGUGCAGUGAUGGGGGCACGACACCAAACCCAGGGGCAGACUCCCCCACCCUCUGUUUAUACCCCGUUAUCCGUUCCUCAGCAGCAACCACCACACAGAAGCCACGAAAGAAAGUAUGGAAAACUCGGCAAACGUUUGCGUGGACGUAAUCCUAUUCGAGGUGAUGUGGCAUCAAGUAGUUACAGAGAUAGAAUGCAUUCUCCUUCAGCAGCUUCACAGUUACUUCAAACUUUCCAAGCAGCAGCACUGCAGCCUGGAACAACGUUAGCAAUUGCCCAUGCCCAUGCUCGGGGAGGACCUAAUACUCAUGCACAAGCUCUCGCCCAUGCUGGUGUUUAUAAUUUUGGUUAAUGUAGUAAAUUUUUACUAUUUGCAUACAAGCUAUAUUAUUUAUGUAAAACAGAUGAUCUAUCUGGAACAUGUUUUGCUGCUUUUCAUCCCCUUCUUAGAUGAAAAGAGAGAAUAAGGUAAAAAUAUCUGCUCCCUUCAGUUAUACAAGAGAGGAAUGUAAGUUGCAAAACAGUAUACUUUUGGCAUAGUAUAUCAGUCAGCCCUUCUGAGAAAGCAUUUGGGUACAAAUGUGCCUUUUACAUACAAAAUUCUGUGGGAAAAAGAAAAUAGGAAAAGUGACAGCUCUAGCUAUCAUUCUGGAGGUCACACCAGAGAACCCAUAAAGACUGACUAAAUGCUCUUUGCACUAUCUACAAGGAAUGUUUCAAGGACUACUGACUUAAGAAACCAACUUUAUUGCUGGUUUUAAUAAAAUUACCUAUGAAUUUAAUAUUAGAUUACAAAAUACUUACAAUUUCCAAAAUUAAGCACCUCUUAGAACACAAUCAAAGACAAUUACUUAAAAACUACCCAAAUUGUUAAUGAUUAUACUGUAUAUGGAUGGUCACAUAUCAGGAUGAUGCGUAUUUUGUACCACUGACACACUGAAGUAGAAUAAAGCUACAUCAGGAAUUAUGCAUUGGCUGACAGAAGGUACAAGCUCAAAACACUCGGUACAAGUAAUAUAUUAUAUAAUUAUCAAUAAACAUAGUACAAGAAAAACUUUAAUCGCCCAUUUAAAAUGACUGAAUCUACUAGAAAAAAAAUUUAAGAGGAAACAGAAACACUUGUCAUCUAGCUGGUUGACUGGGGACUCAUUUUACAGAGAAUGGCAUGGAAUCAGCUUUGCAAUGAUAAUAAUAUGUACCUAUGUAUAUGUAUCAAAUGGGAAGAACAAUAUAUGUGCUGUAUAUAUGUUAUGAGCAUGCUUGCUCAAUGGUGCAGACUGCCUUUGAUUCAGCUGUUCCUGCAGGUGUGUGUGUGUG